CGACUGAAGGGAGUAUCAUCCCCUCAAAGAAAAAGAAAAAUGAACGGGCCAAAAUCCCAAGAACCCUAAUCCCCAAAUCCCACUGAGCUCACUUCUCAGCCACUUCCCCUUCCUCAUUCGUCAUCUCCAGCUGUGAAUGUGAAUCGGACCAAAUCCUCCAUCCUUCCAUGGAUCUCACCCUCGAGCGGCUGAAGCUUUCCGAUGGCGACGACGGCGGCGAGGACCGCCUUAGCGCUCUACCAGACGACGUGCUCAUACACAUCCUUGUUCUGGUUGACGACGCCGCCGCGGCCGCUCGGACCAGCAUCCUCGCCAGCCGCUGGCGCCGCCUCUGGCCCCUCCUCCCGGAGCUCAGAUUCGCCUCCAUCGAGCACCACCGCAUAGGCGCCGCGCUCGCAGCCCGUGAGGCGCCGGACCUAAGCCUCCUCUUCGCGCUAACUGAGGAUGCGUCUCCAGAAGCCGUGUCGGCUUGGCUCCCCAUCGCCGCGCGCGGCCUCUCUGGCACCAUAGACCUCGAGGUGGUUCGGCGUGUGGCCGAGCCCGAGACCGUGGAAAGAGGCGCUGCCAUUCAUCUACCUUGCUUCGAGAAGGCUACCAUCAUCAUGCUCAAGCUUGGCUUCCUUGGCCUCGCCCUGCCGCCAUCCGGAGUAUUCGCCCGGCUCGUUGAUCUACAGCUGGUUGACAUCCAGCUACAUGGUCAGUCAAGCGGGCUCGGUGAUCUUCUCGCCUCCCAGCGGUGCCCAUCCUUGCUGUUCCUCCUCGUCAGUGGUGUCCGGGGUCUGGACAGCCUCAACAUCCACUCGGACUCUCUGCUACACAUGAAGCUGUUCCGUUUGCGUCUCUUGCAGCAGCUCACUGUCAUAGCACCAGGGCUCGAAACGCUAAUGGUGACCGGCUGCUUUACCAAUCCUCCGAAUCCAGAUCUAUCAGUUGCCAACAUCAAAGCCCCUCAGCUGACGUGGCUCAUUUGGAUGAAUGUUCAUCAUCUAAGUUCUAUCCAGGUUAACACGAUGAAGCAUCUCCAAAGGCUGACCAUCAAACUUUAUAUUCUACUGGGAUAUGAGAAGGAUUUUGACCACAAUCACUAUUGGAUGACGCUUUUGCGGCGCUUUCAGCUCAUCCAAGCUCUUGAUCUCGUGAUUUACUAUCCGCGGUACAUAUGUACUGGGCAAUACUUGAUGGAACACAUGCCAGAGCUUACAAAUAUUACAUUCUUGGGGCUGGCUGUAAUAGCAUUUGGACAUUCCUUUGGAGCCAGCUCAUUUGAUGUUCUAAGGAAGUGUACUGGUGUAAAAGAGCUGGAUCUUGAUUUUGUGCCAGAAACUCAACUCUAGGAACAAACUCCCUGCCCAGCAGGUUGCAUGUGUGACCAGCCACAGAACUGGAGAACGGAGGAGCUUGCGCUGAAUUGCCUUGAAGAAAUAGAAAUCCAUGGCAUGAGGGGAACUGAACAUGAAAUCGCCUUUGUGCAACGGUUAUUCCGCUGGGCAACGAUACUAAAACAGAUGAACAUAAGUUUCCAUGAAUCAAUCACUGAAAGCAAGGCCAAAGAGCUCCUCCAGUUAUUACAGAGCUUCUCUAGGCCAGAUAUCCGUAUAAGAUUAGCAUGUUAGUUUCCGUGGAUGUGGGACUGAACUCUAGUUGUUACAUAUGAGGGAGUGCUGCGAAAUUCAUGUCAAGUGUCCUGGAAUAUGUUGCUAAUGAUGUUAGAAAUGAAAGGUGUGUUGCUGACUUGCCGUCUAGCAAACCUGUUGAAAUUCAGCAUAAAGGGAGUUCAUGUGAUGUCGCUGAAGCAAAAUGAUCAAUGUGCUGGACCCGUAGGAAUUGUAGUAGAAAAUAGAAAAUGAUGCUGCCAAGCUGAAUUUUCUUGGUUUCUUUACAUCAAGGUGCAGUGGACAUGUAAGCCAGAAUCAUGUUGUAGGGCAGAUUGUAAGCAUUGUUCUUGUGGAUGUAUGUUCAGUACUAGUGAUUAUGGGCUGGUGAGGCCUCCUCCACCUGAGAAAUUUUUUGAGUAAUUGUCAGGUUCCCUUGUUCGGCAGAAGUUUUGUCUGCUCCAUUUUGGUGAUAGUGGUGUACUGGUGUCCACAGCUGGUCAUGCCUUACACGUAGCACGGUCCGUUUCAGACUA